AUGUCUGGCUUUAGUGCUAGUUUUGAUCCUGGCAAGCAACCUGUUUCGAUGGGAUCAGUAAAAUCCUCUUCUUCAUUUUCUUCAUCGUCCUCUUUCACUACCACCUCUUCCCCCUCCCCUUCUCCCCCUCCUUCACCUGCCACCGAAAAGACUGUUGGAGGAGGUGAGGAAAAUAUCGAAGGAGGUGAGGAGGGCAUCGAAGUAGGAGAGGAAAACACAAAAAAGUCCAAACACAAAAAGAAAAAGAGAGGUGCCCAAGCCAGAGCGAACCAUGAAGCACGUAAAAAAGAAAGAAGAAGUUUCAAUGGAGGCUACUCUUCUCAAAGCUUGACUUCCUCUCGCAAUGUUACCCCUAUUAUAUCUGGCACUGGUUCCUACUCAGCCACUGGGAGGCAAAUCGUUCAAGAUCUCUUCUCUGUUUACGGGCUACCUAAGCCUAACAAGUCUUUUGAUUUGAAUACUGCUGUCCCUUCGUGGGGUAAUCAGCACCAGAUCAAUUACCAUAACAACAUGUCUGUACGAAGAGCACCAGCUGGUGACCAUUGGAAUCUAUCACAGCAAGGAUAUUAUACUACGCAACAGAAUGAGCCAGGAAACAGAGCUUUUUCUGAAGCCGUUGGGCCUGGAAACUCUAGCUUUGAAGAUACAAUUAUGGGAAACACUACCAGUGAUGGACACAACAAUGGGAGCGGUUAUGACGAUUACCAUGAUGAAAGUCUCUAUAAUCCUACCAGAUUUACGCAAACAUAUUUCUCCAGGCCGCAGGAACUGACGUCCCCCGUCUCUGACACUACACCUUGCCAUAAUACUGAUUCCGAGGUUGAUCCUGAUUUGGCCAAAGUUCUUAACCCAGUCGACCGCGGGAUUGCGACCUCAACAGAGCUUUCCAAAAUCCAACACCUUCUGUCUAACAUCCGGAUAGACGAUGAUAACCAGGAGCAAGUUACUAAACCAGUUGAAAAUGGCACUAAUGACGAGUGUGCAAAAGCAAUAGAUGGAGGUGUUGAGCUCGUCGAACGCAAAACUGAAGAGGUUUUCGAGCCAGUUGAGAAUAAUAUGCUCAGAAUUACCGAGAUCAUCCAAAACGACUCUCCUGAAGCCAACAAGCUGAACCAAUGCCAUACUAAAGAGAAAGCCACAGAGCCAAUCGAGCCUGUAGUAGACAAAGCGACUGAUUCAGUUGGCUGGAUUUUGAUUGGGAUCGUCGAGCCAAGUGAAGGAGGCUCGCUUGAGUCCAUCAAAUCAGGUGACUGCAAGGACGUAGAAGGAGUUAUCCGGCCAGACGACUGUGUUUUGCCUGAAGCCAAUGAGUCAGUCGGGCACAAAGUAGAAGAAGACAUUAUUACGCCAGUUGGGAGCAGCCCCCUUGAAGUUACGGAGCCUACCGAAUGUCAAACUGCAGAGGAACUGAGCAAGCCAGAUGAGUAUAAUGCUCCUGAAAUUAAAUCGACUGAGUGCGAAGCCGGGAUUGAAACCAUCGAUCAAGCUCAAAACGAAAAUAUUGAACUCAUCAGGCUAGUGCAAUCUGAUCCGAUUGGACCUAUAGAAGAGACCUUCCAAGAAUUGAAUCAAAAAAUCGAAUCCGAAACAGAACAUGAUACUCCGGGAAAUGAAGAAACUACAAUUUUUGCAUCCGAGAAAAUGUUAGAAAAGCUAAGAGCUCAAAUAAUUCAGGAAUAUAAAGAGAGGAUCAAGGAUUGCGAAGCUGAGCUCAAGGAUAAGGAGUCUGCACUCCGAGAUCAAAAGCUUAUUUCUCAGAAAAAACAAGAUUGUCUCGAGAAUUACAUGAGUAUUACUGAGGGGCUUACCACUAAAGUGUCAGAAUUGAACAAAAGCCUGGGUCUAGAGACGAAGAAAGCCGAGCAGGCGAUUGAGAAGGAGUUUGAAAUUACUAAAGCACUCACAAUCACACAAGAAGCCCUUCAUGAUAUGCAAACACUUGCGGAUAUAGAAAGGAGAAAGGCCCAGGAUUCGGCCAAGAAGGAACGUACUGCUACCAGCGAGUUGCAUAUGUUUACGUAUACCUUCGAUAGCUUGCAAGCCCGGGCGGACCUGGAGGAGGCAAACACGAAGGCCGCAAUAAGAAAAGAACAGGAAACUGCCAGACAGCUUAAAACCAUGAUAGAAUCCUUCAAGACCACCAAAGCGCAUCUGGAAAAGGAGGAGACUAAAGCCAAGAGAAUCGCUAAAAAGGAAUCUGAAACAGCCAAACAACUUAAACUCAUGACGGAAUCAUUUAAGACUAUGCAAGCACAGGCCAGCGAGGAUAAAAAGAGGGCCGAACAGGCGAUUAAGAAGGAAUCUGAUACCGCCAAACAACUCACAAUUAUGACAGAGUCUCUCAAGGAAAUGCGCGCGAAUUCUGAUAAGGAUAAGAAGAAGAUAGAAAAGGCGGUCAAGAAAGAAUCAGACGCGGCCAAGAAGCUCGAGGCUAAUAUGGAGACUUUGAAGGAAAUGCGAGUAAACAUGGAGAAGGAGAGAAUUAAGGCUAAAAAUGCGGCCGAGAAAGAGGCUGAUACAGCAAAACAACUUGAAGCCAUGGCGGAGUCUCUCAAAGAAGUUCGUGCAAGUGCAGAGGAAGAGAAAAAGAAAGCCAAAUCCGAGAUCACCAGGGUCAAGAAGAUGAACAAGGCUUUGGAAAAAGCGGCUGCUGAGAAAGAAUCAAAAAUCACUAAAGAACUCGAAGCCUUAAUGGAAUCACUCAAAGAGAUGCAAACAUUUAUUGACGAAGAAGAAAAGAAGACAGACAAGGCCGCCCAAAGGGAGGUCGAUACUUCUAAGCAAAUCGAAGUCAUGGGGAAAUCCCUACAAGAGCAUGUCUCCAGGAUUGCGGCCUUAGGUAGCGAAAAGAUUCAGAUGCAAAGGAUUCUCAACGAACUUGCUCAGCAGAAUUCUUUUCUGAAAGCAAAAGAAGAAGCUGAUAACGAGCUUCUGAAAAACAGCUACAAGAUCGUCCGCAAUCUCAAAGAUCGAUUCAAAUCAUUUCUCCCUAGGCCCGACUCAAAUGCAGCGAUUGUGAAGAUGCCCGUAUCCAUAGUCAUCAUGGUAAACUCCAAUAUCAAGCAACUCAAAAAACUUAUGCAAACAAACGAAAGUAUCGAAUAUGAGCAGGCAUUGGCAAGAAAAGAAAAGUCCGAUGCAAUUGAUUCAACCAUUCUGAAAAUGGACACCGACAAGAUGGCACAGGAUCUCGUCUUAUGGAGGGCCAAAUGCAAGGAGUUAGAAACAAAAACUGCCGUUCUAGCCAAAGCCGGUCCGGUAAAAUCGAUUCGUACCGCCUAUAAAACGAUCAGCAACCAUACCGCCGUUGUUAGCACCGACACUACAAAGGACAGCGAUUUCAAAGGCCAGGCUCAUACUACAAAGGCCAAGCGUGGUGGUGGUGGAGGAGGCAGAGGAGGAGGCAGAGGAAAGGGGAAGGGGAAGAGGGUGGCCAUCAUGAAUGUGUUUGACUUCACCAAUGGGAUUCCAGAGGAUGUUAACUUAGAGGAUGGGAUGCGCACUCUUUUUGGUCGGACGUCGCCAAAUUUCGGGGAACGCAGCAAUCAACAAUCCAAGUAG